AUAGUGUGCUUGCGUCAACUUGGGUGAGCUCGCCACUGUCACAGCAUACACCCAUGGAUGUUGACAAGAUUUCAGAUAUUCGCCUCGGCGUAUAGUAUCUGCCAGUAUGGAUCGGUGACCUGCGGUGCAGGCAAUCAUAGCAGCACCGUCGACUCCCCUUUGGACUUCGUGAUGAUGCAACAAUAUGCCUAUGUUGCUCAACUCGUCACCAUACCUGCCCUCGCCCUCUCUAAAAUCAGUAUCUGCCUAUUCUACUACCGGGUCUUUGACUCUGAUCGCCGAGGCCGCCGACUGAUCAUGGCCUUGAUCAUCACCAUGAUCUCCACCUCGAUACCCCUCACCGCCAAAACCAUCUUCCAAUGCCAGCCGAUCGAGGCAUACUGGACGGAAAUGCGGCCAGAUGACAAGUGCAUGCAUGAUCUACCAUACAUGUACUUCUACGGCUCCCUGAAUGUGUUAGUAGACAUAGGCCUGAUCGCCAUCGUCCUUCCCCGAGUCAUCGGUCUCAAUCUCAACAAACGGCAAAAAGGUGCGUUGGUCGGGAUCGUUCUUCUGGGUUGGCUCGCUGCCAUUGCAGGAAUCGUUCGCAUGGUUCGCGUUGGCCAGACGCUAUUAGUCUACAAGUACGACCCAAUGUGGAACGCAUACGACAUCUCAAUCUGGACGAGCACAGAAAUCUACGUCAGUCUGAUAUGCGCCGCUGCGCCCGGUACGAAACCGCUCAUGUCGAAGCUGCUGCCAAAAGUGCUGGGACAAUCUGGGAACAGUAAAGGGCCGACGAGGAACGCUGCUGGGAAAUCGAUUCCGCUGCCAGUGGGGCAAGCUGAGAGGAGGAGGAGACCGAGCACGUUUGCUUAUUUGCAUCAAAGAGGGCUCAGCGUGACGGGACUGACGAUAAAAUAUGGGCAGUAUUCGCAGCUUAGCAAAGGCGUGGAUGAGGAGCCGAUGGAUGUGAAGACGCCGGUGAUGCCAGUGAUGCCGGCGAUGCAUGAGCGACGUCCAAGUCGGGGGAUGACUAUAGUGAAGAAGACGGAGGUUGUGAUUGAACGAAGUCAUGUAUAAAUGUACUGUAG